ACACCACCCCUCUCUCCACAAAAAUGUCAGUAACCGAUUUCAUUAAGGGCCUACCCUGCCACAAUGCUGAGAAUUUCUCGCAAUUCAAUACCGAGCAUGCUAUGCGUACCUCACAAAAACGACCUUCCGUUUAUCUGCCCACAGACGAUUGUCCCUCGGAACAGCAUAUAGUGCUGGACAAACGAUCGGUACUGCUGCGCUAUUUGACCCAGCAAUGGGAUAAGAAGAUACUACCCAAGAAACGUGAUCAUGCCAAUGAGGGUAAUGCGAACAAUAGUGGUGGUGGUGCGGGUAAUAAUUGUAAAAAGCGUCCACGUCUGGAGGCGGAAUAA